ACCUGACCACCACGAAUGGUAGUCAGGAUUCUUAUCCACUGGGCCUCGACUGACGAAAAGUGGAUAAGCUUCCUGACUACCAUUCACGUUCGACACCCGGCACUGAGUCGAAAAACUACGUACCAGGCGAUGAUGAGCGUCAUAAAGUGGGUUGGCGACCGAGUUACCGCGAGUAUAAAACCUCGACAGAGCACUGUGGGAGAGUCAGUCUUUCUCCAGAGGCCGCAGUUGAUACUCAACAUGGGAUUCGUCAUUGCUCUCUGUGUGUUAGGGGCUUGUGUGGCGUCAGCAUUGCCCCAGAACCCUUACGCCUACCGGGAAUCCCAACAAGCCUACCGAGAGCCUCCCCAAACAUACAGAGAACCAGUACCAGUCUACCAGGACGAGUCCAGGUACCCGGCACCCAAGCCUGAGCAGUACAUUGCUGAGCCUCCCAAGUACCAGAAGAAGUACCAGCAGGAGGAAGACCAGGACUACGACGAGGCCACUAAUGCCAUCCCAGGUGAACCCGGUAAGGACUACCCGAUUCACUCGUUCAUCCCCAGCACCAGCUUCUCCUGUAGUGACAAGCUCCCCGGUUUCUAUGCUGACGAAGGAUCCAGUUGUCAGGUGUGGCACUACUGCAAGACUGACGGCUUAAAGGAGUCGUUCCUGUGCCCCAACGGGACCAUCUACAACCAGGCCAAUAGAGUGUGUGAGUGGUGGUUUAAUGUGAGCUGUGACUCUGACACCAUCGCCCAGCAGUACAAGGUGAACGAGGACCUGUACAUUAUCCCCUCACCCAAGCCUGAUGCAGAGUAUGCUCCGGCGCCCCCUAAGUACUCUUCCUCUUCACGCUCCCAGUAUGUCCCGGAGCCUCAGUACCAGGGAUACCAGGACCAGCCCACGUUUUAGCUGUGGAUUCGUUAGUUUAGAUUUAUGCUUCAUACAAUAUUAUUUACGUCUUGUGUAAAUGUUUAUGGGGACGUUCUCUUUUGACGACUCAGAUUUGGGUUUAAAUUGGGUGUUCAUUUGAGGGAUAGAAUGUGACCGAAUGUAACCCACUUUGGAAUGGAAUCCGAAUUCAGAUCCUUAAAAUAGAACGUCCUGGUUUUAUUUGUUAAUAAAGCCAAGUAAUUGCCCAUGCGAUACGUUUUGUGGGGAGGGGACUCGAGUGAAUUUCAAUGAUUUUGUUGAACAAAUUAAAACUCGUAUAUUUAACUAACAUGAUGAUAAAUUCAAUGAAAUUUUUAAUAAAUAAUUAUCAAACGGU